GGCGAGGGCUUCCGCCCGCGUUCGGCCCCCCGGGGGCCCUCGGGCCGCGAGGCGCAGGUCCACUCGCCCGCGGCUGCUCGGGGCGCUAUCUGAAAAUCCCCCUCGGCGCGCGAGGAUAAAUAUGCGCGUCUUGUCAUUCGGUGCGGCUCCCUGGCUCCCAGCUGAUAGGGUGACGUUCGGUUGGGAGGCUUGGAGAUUGGCUUUUUGAUUUGGCUUCUUGCUGCAGCUUAAUGGGCAAAGCUCGCGGCUCGCCCAGAAACCAGCCCCUCCGCGCGAACCCUCCGCGCGGCGAGGCCGACACGUCCCCCGCGGUGACGGCGUGCCAGGCGGAGAGCCGGCGCGCGCCCAGCCCCGGGAAAGCCCCGGCGACGCGGCCGCGAGCCGGGGUCCCUCGGAGCCGCCAGGGCGCGCCGGGCCGCCCGCCUUCCCGCCCCUCCCGGCAGGGAUCCCCCCGCUGCCGGCGGCCGGGACUCCGGGCCUCCCCGGGCUCAGUUCCCGAGCCCGCGCCCCGGCCCGGGCUCCUCCGGGGGUCCUCGGCGGGGGGGGGGUCUCCCCGCUCCCCUCCAGGCCCCCUGCCCUGGCCGCAGCCCGCGCGCCCCGCCGAAGGCUGCGAGCCCACGAGCCCCGCGGGCGGCGGCGGCGGCCGACUGACAUGCCCCGGACGCGGCUGCGGCCGGCGGGCAGCCCGCGGGGGCGAUGAGCCGCUGCGGCCGCUGAGCAGCCGGGCGGCGGGGCGUCGCGCACCUUCCUCUCCCCCUCGCUUGGCCACUCCGCUCCGGAGACCGGGAGGAAACGGUCUCUGGCCCAUCGGGAGGACCAUUGGUGCUGCAGUGGAAGCCAGCGGCUAAGUCUUGUGUAUGGCGUGGUUAAGGUUACAGCCUCUCACCUCUGCCUUCCUCCAUUUUGGGCUGAUUACUUUUGUGCUCUUCCUGAAUGGUCUCCGGGCGGAGGCUGGUGGCUCAGGGGAUGUGCCCAGCACAGGACAGAACAAUGAGUCCUGCUCAGAGUCCUCGGACUGCAAGGAGGGUGUCAUCCUACCAAUCUGGUACCCGGAGAACCCUUCCCUUGGGGACAAGAUUGCCAGGGUCAUUGUCUAUUUUGUGGCCCUGAUCUACAUGUUCCUUGGGGUGUCCAUCAUUGCUGACCGCUUCAUGGCAUCUAUUGAAGUCAUCACUUCUCAAGAGAGAGAGGUGACCGUCAAAAAGCCCAACGGAGAGACCAGCACGACAACAAUUCGGGUCUGGAAUGAAACUGUCUCCAACCUGACCCUCAUGGCCCUGGGUUCCUCUGCUCCGGAGAUCCUUCUGUCUUUAAUUGAGGUGUGUGGUCAUGGCUUCAUCGCUGGGGAUCUGGGACCUUCUACCAUCGUAGGUAGUGCAGCUUUUAACAUGUUCAUCAUCAUUGGAAUCUGCGUCUCCGUGAUCCCUGACGGAGAGACUCGUAAGAUCAAGCACCUCCGGGUCUUCCUCAUCACUGCUGCCUGGAGUAUCUUUGCCUACAUCUGGCUCUAUAUGAUCCUGGCAGUCUUCUCUCCUGGUGUGGUUCAGGUUUGGGAAGGCCUUCUCACUCUCUUCUUCUUUCCAGUGUGUGUCCUUCUGGCCUGGGUGGCAGACAGGCGACUGCUCUUCUACAAAUACAUGCACAAAAAGUACCGCACCGAUAAACACCGAGGGGUUAUCAUAGAGACAGAGGGUAACCACCCCAAGGGCAUUGAGAUGGAUGGGAAAAUGAUGAAUUCCCACUUCCUGGAUGGGAACCUGGUGCCCCUGGAAGGGAAGGAAGUGGAUGAGUCCCGCAGGGAGAUGAUCCGGAUUCUAAAGGAUCUGAAGCAAAAACACCCAGAGAAGGACUUAGAUCAGCUGGUAGAGAUGGCCAAUUACUAUGCUCUUUCCCAUCAACAGAAGAGCCGUGCCUUCUACCGGAUCCAAGCGACCCGUAUGAUGACCGGCGCAGGCAAUAUUCUGAAGAAGCAUGCAGCAGAACAAGCCAAAAAGGCCUCCAGCAUAAGCGAGGUGCACACCAAUGAGCCCGAGGACUUCGUCUCAAAGGUCUUCUUUGACCCAUGCUCUUACCAGUGCCUGGAGAACUGCGGGGCUGUACUCCUGACAGUGGUGAGGAAAGGGGGGGACAUGUCCAAGACCGUGUAUGUGGACUACAAAACAGAGGAUGGUUCUGCCAAUGCAGGGGCUGACUACGAGUUCACAGAGGGCACUGUGGUUCUGAAGCCAGGAGAGACCCAGAAGGAGUUCUCUGUGGGCAUCAUUGAUGAUGACAUUUUUGAGGAGGAUGAACACUUCUUCGUGAGGUUGAGCAAUGUCCGGAUGGAGGAGGAGCAACCAGAGGAAGGGAUUCCUCCAAUAGUACUCAAUAGUCUGCCGUUGCCUCGGGCCAUCCUGGCGUCCCCUUACGUGGCCACAGUCACCAUCUUGGAUGAUGAUCACGCAGGCAUCUUCACUUUUGAGUGUGACACUAUUCGUGUCAGUGAGAGUAUUGGUGUCCUGGAAGUCAAGGUUCUGCGGACAUCAGGUGCCCGGGGCACAGUAAUCGUCCCCUUUAGGACAGUAGAGGGGACAGCCAAGGGUGGUGGUGAGGAUUUUGAAGACGUGUACGGGGAGCUGGAGUUCAAGAAUGACGAAACUGUCAAAACAAUUCACAUCAAGGUAAUUGAUGAUGAGGCGUAUGAGAAAAACAAGAAUUACUUCAUUGAGAUGAUGGGCCCCCGCAUGGUGGAUAUGAGUUUUCAGAAAGCGCUCCUGUUGUCUCCAGAGGUGACAGACAGGAAGCUGACUGUGGAGGAAGAGGAGGCCAAGAGGAUAGCAGAAAUGGGAAAGCCAGUACUGGGCGAACACCCCAAACUAGAGGUCAUCAUUGAAGAGUCCUUUGAGUUCAAGAAUACGGUGGACAAACUGAUCAAGAAGACAAACCUGGCCAUGGUUGUGGGGACCCAUUCCUGGAGGGACCAGUUCAUGGAGGCCAUCACUGUCAGCGCAGCAGGGGACGAGGAUGAGGACGAGUCAGGAGAGGAGAGGCUGCCAUCCUGCUUUGACUACGUCAUGCACUUUCUGACGGUCUUCUGGAAGGUGCUGUUUGCCUGCGUGCCCCCCACAGAGUACUGCCAUGGCUGGGCCUGCUUCGUUGUGUCCAUUCUCAUCAUUGGCAUGCUCACAGCCAUAAUCGGGGACCUGGCCUCCCACUUCGGCUGCACCAUUGGCCUCAAGGACUCAGUCACGGCUGUUGUGUUUGUGGCAUUCGGCACCUCUGUGCCAGAUAUGUUUGCCAGCAAAGCCGCUGCCAUCCAGGAUAUGUACUCAGAUGCCUCCAUCGGCAACGUCACGGGCAGCAACGCCAUCAACGUCUUCCUGGGCAUCGGCCUGGCCUGGUCCGUGGCUGCCAUCUACUGGGCCCUGCAGGGACAGGAGUUCUACGUGUCCGCCGGCACGCUGGCCUUCUCCGUCACCCUCUUCACCAUCUUCGCGUUCGUGUGCGUCAGUGUGCUCCUGUACCGUCGGCGGCCCCACCUGGGCGGGGAGCUGGGCGGCCCUCGUGGCUGCAAGCUGGCCACAACGUGGCUCUUUGUGAGCCUGUGGCUCCUCUACAUACUCUUUGCCACGCUGGAGGCCUACUGCUACAUCAGGGGGUUCUGAGCCACAGCGCGGGGCCUCCGCAGCGCAGGCCCCAGACUCCUCCUGAGGGAAGGGCGCUUCGCCCCCCUCUCCGGGUGAGCAGCCCCCGCAGAGGCAGGGGCCCAGCCCCAGGAACCUCACCCGACCCAGGCCCCGGCCGCGGACUGAAAGGGCAGAGUCUUGACCAACCGAACAGAGUGGAGGAAACACCCACUUUACAAAGUAUUUAAUUCAGUACAAACCAACAACAGCAACAAAUCCACCGCCUCUCCAUCUUCCCACCCAUGUCCCCGACCCACCACAAAGGUCAGAGCCUCUCACCGCCUUUGGAUUAUUCCUUUGCUUCUCCUUCCCCGGGGACAGGGCGUCCCCUGUCUGUCCGGUCCCGCUCAACCCUGCUCUCUGACUCGGCUGGCCAGGAUGGAAAUGAGGCCUAUCCGUGUGGCUGCUUUGGGGCUCCCUUUUCGUUUCAUGGUAUUGUUGCGGUUGCUUUCGUUUUCAUUUUCCCAUCAGGUGUUGCUCACUGUUCGUUGUGUCUUUUCUUUCCGAAGUCAGUAACAGGUGCUGUGAAGGAGCUCGCGGUCUGAGCCGACAGGUAGAGGCAAGGAUUCUCACCCUCACUCUCUCCCUCUUGCUGGGUCUCUCGGCGUCAUCAGGGUCCUGCCCCCCAGGCUCCUUUUCUUCUGAGCAGGAGAGUGAGGGUGUUUGGGUGGAAGUAUGUUUGCACACCUACGCGGGGCGCGGAAGAACGGGCUCGGCCUGAGAUGGGGGCAGGAGGAGCCUUAUGUGCUUAUGUCCAGAUCCAGUUUAAAACACAAGGUCAUGGUUCCCUUCCCUGCCUUUCCAGUUGAUUCUGUCCGCCUCGCUGUGUCUGCCGUGUCCGUGUCUUUAUGUUUAUCCUUCUGCAGGAAGACCCGCCAAGCAGGAGAUGCGGGACAAAAAUAGGAAUGGUAUGUGAUGACAGAGGAGGGCAGCUGGGGAAACAAAAGGAGUAGAUGGCGUCUCGAGUAUCUUUGGCUUCGCAUCGGAGGCAGAGAAGAGCUGUCCACCUAGCGAGAUCUUUAAGAGGAAAGAUUGUAUUUAAAAUGUCAGUGCUUCGGAGAAAUGUCAGUUUCACCACCCCCUUGCUCUCUAACAUGCCACACCAAGAGGUCUGUGACUGUAUUUCUCGAGGUAAUGCAAAAACUUAGAGGUUGGUAAGAAAACAAGGGGCUCCUUCCACCUCUCCUGGACCCUCCGGUCACGUCUGAGAGCAUUUUCUCAAGAGAAGAACUGGAAUUUCUCAUCUCUCCCACAUUCCUGCUUGUUUUUAAACCUCAUGAAGCUCUUUUUCCAGCCUGUGGGCUGUUUCUUGCCCCAGUAAAGAGGAAUCUUAGUUGUUGUCAUCCCAUGGAGACUGGGUUUAUAGAAAAAGAGAUUGCCGUGGCCUACAGACCUUUUCCCAACAAAUUUGAAAAGGACCUGGCUUUAAAACACACACACACACACGCGCGCGUGCGCGCACACACACACACACACACACACACACAUGAACACACAUAUGAAAUCAUCACAAAACUGCCCACAGAUCUUUAGGCUUUCUGCAUUGACAUAAAUACAUUUUUUAAGGGGGAAAAAAAUUAAAAAACACCUGUUUAAUUUUAAACACAUUUUUUUAAGAAAAAAAUAACUAAAAAAGAAACAGUGCUCAUGUCAUAAGCUAUGUUGACAGUUGCCAGUGGAAAUGUUGGGUUGGUUUAAAAAAAAAAAAAUAAAAGCUAUACUUAUA